AUGACAAUAAUAGAUGACGAUGAUGAAUCUAUCGAGGCUAUGAUGCUACUUGAGUUAGAAUCUGCAGUUGCAAAUAGAGUACCCAGACAAAGGUGUCGGACUCGGCCGUUUACCGGACAUCAAAUGUUGUGUGAUAUCUUAUCUGGUCAUCCUGAACGUUGCUGCCAUCACUUUCGUGUGAGUGCAACUACAUUUAUUGCACUCCGCGAUGCUUUAGUCGAGAAGGGCUUAAUAAGUAGCACAAGAAAUAUGACUGCUGAUGAGCAGUUAGGCAUCUUUCUAUAUGGCGUAGGGCAUGGCGUGGCAAACCGAAUAUUGGCGGAAACAUUCCAACAUUCCGGAGAAACCAUCAGUAGGCAUUUUAACAAUGUACUACGCGGCAUUGUCAGGCUAAAAGAUGACUACAUAAUGUUGCCGUCAAGUAAUGCUGCCGUGCAUCUAAGAAUUCGGCAUAAUCAAAAUUUUCAUCCUUUCAAGAAUGCUAUUGGUGCGAUCGACGGGACGCAUAUUCCAGUAGUGGUCAAAAGGAGAUGGGAAGGCUCUGCUGCCGAUAUGAGAGUACUUCGAUGGGCAUGCGAAAGAGGUGGUUUCGUUGUUCCCGAAGGCAAGUAUUACUUAGUAGACUCGGGAUAUGCAAAUACUGAAAAAUUUCUUGCACCCUAUAGAGGAGAGCGUUACCAUAUUAGUCAGUUUGACGCAAGCACACGGGCCCGCGUUCAUCGAAAUCCACGAGAUUUGUAUAACCACCGGCAUGCUCAAUUAAGGAAUGUGGUUGAGAGGACAUUUGGCAUUUUGAAGAAGCGUUUCAAAAUUCUAAAUGUAGCAACACCGUUUUCGUAUAAAGUUCAAUGCUUGAUUGCUAUGGCAUGUUGUAUAAUACAUAACUUUAUUCGCCGUCACCAAGCAAAUGAUAACAUUUUUCCUGAUGAGGGUCCAGAUGAACAGAACGCUGAAAAUGAAGGUGGAGUGGACGAUUUAGUGGGAGUAAUUGAGGACUCCCAAAAUGGUGAGGAUCUACGUGCUAAUAUUACAAAUCAAUUGUGGAACACUAGAAUAUAA